AUGGUUAACCCUCAAGUAAUUGGUUAUAUUGGUGCAGCAGUUGCAUCAUUAUUUUUUGGUUCAAAUUAUGUUCCAGUAAAGAAUUAUCCAACAGGUAAUGGUUUAGCAUUUACAUGGGUAAUGAGUGUUGGUACAUUAGUAGUUGCAUAUUGUGCAAUGUUUAUAUCAAAAGAUUAUAUAUUUGACCCAUGGGGAUUAUUAGGUGGUACAUUAUGGUCAAUUGGUAAUUUUUGCGUUAUUCCAAUUGUAAAAACCAUUGGUAUUGGUCUUGGUUUAUUGUUAUGGUGUUGUUCAAGUAUUAUCACAGGUUAUUUCACAGGUAAAUUCGGAUGGUUUGGAAUAGACAAACAAAAGGUAUCACAUCCAGCAUUAAAUUGGAUUGGUUUCGCAUGUAUUGUAGCGGCUGUAAUUUUCUUCUUUUUCAUUGAACCUACAAUCGAAGAGAAAGACGAACAUUCCUACUCAUCAAUUGUAGACGACUCGGAAAUUGGUAAUAACGGAAUCGACAACAAUGGCUAUAACUCAAUUAAUAACAACAACAAUAAUGGAAAUAAUAAACGUAGAAGUGGGGCAUUUAAUAAGCAGCCAAAGAAAUCCAUUUUUGAGAGAAUGCCACCACCAUAUAAUACAAUAUUGGGCAUAGUUUUAUCAGUUUUCUCUGGUAUUAUGUAUGGUGUUAAUAUGGUACCAAUGCAAUUAUGGAAACAAAGUAACGUGGAUGCAUCACCACUAUCAUUUGUAUUUUGUCAUUUCUCUGGUAUCUUUUUAGCAAAUACCGCUGUGUUUAUAGUUUAUUCAAUUAUUGUACGUCCACCACAAAUUUUCCCACAAACUAUUUUCCCUUCAUUUUUCUCUGGUUUACUUUGGGGUAUUGCAAAUGUUGGUCUAAUGGUUGCAACUCAAAACUUGGGUUAUACAAUUGGUUUUCCAAUGGGUUCUGGUGGUCCAAUGAUUGUAUCUUCACUUUGGAGUGUUUUUUAUUUCCGUGAAAUUCAAGGUGUAAAAAAUUUAUUAAUUUUAUUAAUAUCAUUUAUAUUCCUUGGUGCUGGUAUUACAAUUUUAGCUUUAUCUCACUAA